AUGGGCCCUGGAGGAAAGUCCCACUACUGCUCACGACACUGCCCCCUGGUGGAAAGUCCCACUACUGCUCACGACACUGCCCCCUGGUGGAAAGUCUCACUACUGCUCACGACACUGCCCCCUGGUGGAAAGUCUCACUACUGCUCACGACACUGCCCCCUGGUGGAAAGUCUCACUACUGCUCACGACACUGCCCCCUGGUGGAAAGUCUCACUACUGCUCACGACACUGCCCCCUGGUGGACAGUCCCACUACUGCUCACGACACUGCCCCCUGGUGGAAAGUCCCACUACUGCUCACGACACCGCCCCCUGGUGA